CAUCUGAUCUAAUUAGAGGCAAGGAGAGGGACGAGUUUUGCUGGAGUCUCUCAUUCUCCCGGCGCAAACAGCCGAACUCGCGUCUCGUUGGGGUGGAGGAAAAAGCAUUCCCCCCCCCCAACAACAGCGAAUUCCACCGCGAGCGCGCAACUAGCCGCUGCCCAGACGAGGUGGAGGUGGAAAAGAGACGGCGAAGUGCGAGGGACUUAACCUGCCCGCCUCGCCGGCUCCCUCCCACCUUGGCUCGCUGUACCUUGACCCUCCGAGUUCAGCCCGGCGCGCCAAAGACGAACCGGCUCGCGGGGACGGGCGAAACCGAGCGGCUUUGGAACGUUCGGCGCGCAGGCGUUCCAUCCGUAGAACGCCGGGAAACCUUUUUUGUCUUUCUGAACGUUCCAUCCGCAGAACUUCGGGAAACUUUUUUGUCUGAACGUUCCAUGGGCGCCCGUUAAUAACGAAAACUAAUAGGGCCUUUUUUUUUUUUUGCUUUGUUUUGUCUUGAAGUAGCGGGGGAAGAGGAAGUGUGCCAGGAGUAAGGAAAAGAGGCCAUUUUUGGGGGGAGUAGCGGGGGUUUAUUUAUUUUUUAAAUUUUUUAAGCGCUCACCAAAACAACUUAAGAUGCCCAGAGCUUUCCUCGUGAAGAAAACUUGCGUUUCUACCGGCAAGAGGAAUUGGAGCGAACUUCCCGAUGAAGAAAGAGGCGAGAUUUACGUCCCAGUCUCCUUGGGCGGCUAUGCCCUGUGGAAGGAUCUGGAGCCUUCGGUGGCUGAGCCGCCGUCAUACCCGAUGCCCUUGGACAUGACGAUACGGAGCUCCACCUACACGGCCGCCCAGCCCCAUUGCACAGCCCAGGUCCCAAGUGGGGUGCAUCAGGAUGAAGAGCCAGGGUUCUUGCACCCCAAGAUCAAGGUGACGCAAGGCGACGGCCCCGGGGAGCAGUUCUCCUGCCCCUACUGCAAGAAGGGCUUCUCCUACCAGCGCAUGCUGAACCGCCACUUGAAAUGCCACAGUCAGGUGAAGCGCCACCUCUGCCCCUACUGCAACAAGGGCUUCAACGACACCUUUGACCUCAAGCGCCAUGUCCGGACACACACAGGCGUCCGCCCUUACAAAUGUGACCUCUGCGACAAGGCUUUCACCCAGCGCUGCUCGCUGGAGUCUCACCUGAAGAAGAUUCAUGGGGUGCAGCAGAGCUACGCCUACAAAGAGCGCCGCGCCAAGCUGUACGUCUGCGAGGAGUGCGGCUCCACGGCCGACAGCCAGGAAAGCCACUUGCGCCACCUCCAGGAACGCCACCCUGACAGCCCGCUGCUGCGCAAGGCCACACGCAAGACGGCUGCUGCUGUCCACGCCGGCGCUGCGCCCACUCUGCUGCAGGGGGGGCCUUGCCUCUGAAGUGUGUGCCUGAGUGUUCUCACGCGGGUGGGGAGGAAGUGCCUGUCCCUGUCCCGCGACCCUCUGGCACCCCUCUUCUGCCCUCGGUGCCCCCACCCCCUCUGGCAAGCACAACCCUCUUCCUAGCUCAGGGAUUCUCAAAACUUCUUAUGCUCCAAGUGGGAGACAGGGCUGACAUUUUCAUUUGGAAUCACGGCACAGAGCGAGAGGGGAAAGGAGAAGAGACUAUGUUGGAAGUAUGAAGUCAAAUGUCCUUUUUUUCCUCUGGGAGGAAGGAGCCGGAAAGCGAAACCCGGAGUGUGAACUCAAAGUGGUUUUCAGGCCCAGGAAGGAGACUUUUCCAGUUGCUGCCUUCAAUUCCUCCAAGGACCUGCCCUCCAAAAACCCAGUUAUUUGGAGGGAAUGGAAGGGGGAGGUUGGCUGUGUGGGCAGUGGUGUAGCGUGGGUUGCUAGCACCCGGGACCAUGU